AUGGAUAAUAACACAUUUGAUAAAUUAUUUUUUUUAGUUUGGAGAAACUUAUAUAUAAGAACCCAAAUUUCAGAACAACUAAAACAAUUCCUGUAUAACAAUAUAGAUUUUAUUUCAAGAGAUGAGUUUAUUAGGUUCAGAAAAAAAGAAUAUUUAUUACAUGUAACAUUGGAAUUUAAUGAAGAGUUAUAUAAAGGUGAUUUGUCAGAAUCAAUUGAAAUACUGGAAUUUGGUAACAAUUUCGAUAAGGAGCUACAAGAAGGUGUCAUUCCAAUGUCGGUAAAAAAAUUAAAAUUUGGUACCCGUUUUGAUCAGUAUUUAAAAAAAGGUGACAUUCCGCCAUCAGUAAAAAUAUUAACAUUUAGCGAUUUUUUCAACAAAAGGCUUAAAAAUGGAGAUAUUCCACCCUCGGUUAGAUUUUUAGAAUUUGGUUACCGUUUCAAUCACAAGCUAAACCCAGGAGAUAUUCCACCAUCUGUUCAAAAACUAAUAUUUGGUUACAAUUUCAAUCAAAAACUCAAAAAAAAUGAUAUUCCGCCAUCGGUCAAGUUUCUAAUACUUAGUAAAAGCUUUAACCAGCCUCUAGAACCAGGCGUUAUACCCGACUCUGUAGAGACUCUAUCAUUUGGCUAUAAUUUCAACCAAGAGUUUAAUCAGGGCGAUAUUCCAUCCUCAGUACUAUCCUUGGUGUUAAAUAAUAAUUUCAACCAACCCCUAAAAGUUGGUGAUAUUCCAGACUCAGUUAAAGCUUUAACAUUUGGUGAACGUUUCAAUCAACCACUUAUUCCAGGAACCAUUCCAUGCUCAGUAAAUAUUUUAUCCUUUGGUUACUUUUUCAAUCAGGAACUUAAAACCGAUGUUAUCCCAGCUUCAGUUGAAACAUUAAUAUUUGGAAAUAAUUUUAAUCAGCCCCUUAAAGAAGGAGAUAUUCCAUCAUCUGUAAGGAAACUAACCUUUGGAAAUAGCUUCAACCAACCAUUAAAAGCAGGAGACAUUCCACCAUCUGUAAGGUUUUUAGAAUUU